ACUUCCGGUAUAUGUGUUAUUGAAAGAUACAGGUUGAAAGCACGUUGGAACUGGAUGCCUUCAGAGUUCAUUGCCGUCUUUUAUUAUGGGAUGCGACAGAAGAUGUACAUUUAUGUUAUGGAAUUUUUAUAUUGGAUUUUGUAGGUUUUUUGGGCUGAUUACUACGCUGGGGCUGUGGGGUGUGGGAGUAGAGGCAGCAUAUUAUGGCCACUACCUUGGAUUCUACAUGAUAGUGGUUGCCCUCCUAAUGACAUUCCUAGAGUCUGUGUUUGCCAUCAAUAUGUGUGUUCUAGUCUGUGUGGGGAAUGAUGACUCCACCUCCUUGUGUCAGCGACUUUGGGAAGCUGUGUUAUGGAUAGACAAUUGGAAGAAGGGAAUCCUGUAUUUCUGUUUCUCCAUUCCCUGUUUUAUUCAGCCCCACGCUGUGUGGAUGGGCAUUAUCUCAGGUGUCAUGCUUAUAUUUAGUAGUAUAUUCUAUGGAAUUAAGUCAUUCUACAAUGAAGAACAGUCAUUAGAAAAAGUAUCUCACAAUGCAACAUAUGACAGAUUUGACGAUAUACAAGAAGAUAUAGAAGACAGUAUACUGAAUCCCCCAGAGGGAGGCCCAGGGGUCCUCUCCCUCGCUGACCAGCAGGAGAUCCUAGAAGUUUGAUAUCACAGUCGCUCAUCAGUAGUAUUUCAUCUGUGUUGUCACACAACAGUGCUCAUUGUAAAUGUGUUGUGUGUGUGUGUGUAUGCCAGUAUGAUCAAAAUGUGAUCUGUAUAUUUAUUUUAACGAGUCAGUUGUUAUUACAUUUUUCUCAAUAACUUCUGUAUAGUUAUCAAGUUAUGAUAACGACAUGUAUUUCAGACAUUGACUUUAAGCAGAUGGUGCAUAAUAUUAUCAGUAAUAUGAAUAUAUAGUCUUGGUGAGAUUUUAGAAAUGGUAUGAUUGAUGUUUAGAAGGAAACCUUUAAAAAAGGAAUCUCAUUCCACCCAUGAUAAAUUUAUGACAUACACUGUAGAUCUACCUAAUAUAUAUUAUUCUGUAUGUUAAGUUACGUAUAUCUGAUAUACAGACAAACCAGUACAUGUAUUUUAAAAUGGAUUAUUGGGGUAAAGUGUGACUCAGGGGAGAUCAUCAGUACAUGACAAAGUUUUAUUUUUACACAGUGCCAGGAGAUACAGUGUACAUACAUAAGGGAAUUUAUAAUGAAUAUUCAAGACGUAGCUUCAUGAAUGGUAUACAUGUAAUUCAGGCCUGUUUAGAAUUCUAUGAAAUGUUGGGUGUGUAAAUUUUCUACAUAAUUGCACAGAUGAAAAUUUUGUCUGUCCAUACAUACCAAAAAAUUUAUCUGCGGAGUUCAUUUAUUGAAGUAGAAUGCAAGUAGACUUUGUAACCUUUGUCAUUUUGUUCAAAACUAGCAUAAUUACAGACAUUUAAGAACCCAAUAUUUUUAUCGCCCAAGCCUAUGUUCCAAAUUUUUUUGGUGUUGAUUAUCAUUCUUUCAUUAAUGUUUAUAAACAUGUGGUAAGAAAUACUGGAUCAGAGGUUGUGGCACACAUGAACAUUUUGUCAAAAGCCUAAGAAAUUUGGCACAUUUUACGCACUUUUCAGAAUUUUAGAGUAAAUAACGCAGGUUAUGAUUUUUUGAAAAAUAUACGGGCCAAAUCAUGACUUUCAUGAGCUUUCCUCUUUUAAUAAUAGAUUUCAAGCAAGAUUAAGCCUUUUUUAAUUAACUUUAAUUUUGGUUAAUCUUGUGUGAUGAAUACUACAUGGAUAUUGAAAUCUAGAACGCCUUGUAAGGAACACUAUUUCCUGUAAAUAAGCAAAAUUAUUUGUAUUCCUUGCAAAAAUUGUCUUUUUCCAUUUUCAUACAUAUCAUUUGUUUUCAAAACCGACAUUACUUAUAAGUUACCAGGAUCAAUUUUGAAGGCAAGUGUCAUGAAUACUAUUUUUGGUGUCAUGGAAAAUUGAUUGCUUUUAAUUAUGAAUUCUAAACUCCAACAGAACAUUUGAUCAUCAGUUAUGCAUUGUAUAUUAUUAAUAUUACUGUUGUCAAUCAACAAUUUAACAGGCCAGCAAGAAAACAAAAAAUGAAAGAACAUAGGAUAACUACAAAGAUGUGUAUAUUUCAGAUCAUGUUACACACCUUUUCUUGUUACGAUCUCUUUUUAGAUUUGUUAUUUCUCACCCUUUUAACUCCUGAAUUAUUUUAUAUUAUUUCAAUGCGUACAGAUUUAUUUUCUGUGCAUAUAGAUUUAUACAUGUAUUUGAAAACUCUACUUAUAUGGUCAGAAUCUCAGUAUACAAACCGGUUUGCAUAUUAAAAGAAUCUGUUUCAGUGGAACAGUAACUUCCUUUGAGUUUAAGUUUAUAUACUCUUUAAUUUGAUUUGAACAAUAUUUUAUUAAUGUAUAUACAUAACAAUACAUAUAUAAAUAGGAUGUGAGUGUAUUUUUCUGGUAAAAUGAUAUAUUCUCCUUGUGCUAGAACUAAUUUUUAUCUUAUCUUAGCCAACGGGUUUAAGUGCUGCAUGGCUGUUUCAGGGUUAAGAUUUUUCAGUCUUUAGAAGAUAUGCGAGACUGUUCAUCUAGUGCUGAUUUUUUCUUCAUAUUUUGACUUCUUGGCAAGCCUGGUAUGCUAGUACACCAAAUCUGGCAUAAAGUGGUAUUCAAGAUGGCAAUGUGAUUACAUUUCUUGUGUUAAUGUAGAUCACAGUGCUAUGUAUCAAAACUUUUUUUAAAAAAUGCGUAGUCGUGUUAUUAGAUUCUGAUAAGUAUUGUUUAAUUAAUGUGAGUUGUAAUAAUAUGUUCUUCACAUUGUUUUGUUAUUUGCACAAUUUGUAUGUCAAAAACAAUGCUUAUAUUUGCAAUUUCUAAUUAAAAUGCUUGGGUAUUCACUGCUAACUCUUUGCACAUAUACAUGUAUGAAAUGGACAGAAUAGCAACAACUGGCUUAGCUUGCAUGAUACUGGUUUUAACCAGUUCCAUAAUAAAAAGAGCUCUGUUUAAAAGUCUUCUUAAGUCCCCAUUGGAAUAAAAGAUUAGACCUUCAGUGCUGUUGAAUGGGAAAAGUACAUUUUGUUAUUGUUUGGAAAGAUCAGAAUUCAGACAUGGUCACUAUGGCUUGUCAUUGGAUGACACAGGGUUGACUUUUUCUCUAAUUGCUUGAGAUCAAAUUAGCUUAUUGACUCUGUUUGGAAGAUAUGAAAUUGAUUUUUACACAAUUAUUGUUAGGGCUAUGAGAUUUAGCUCACUCAAGUGAGCAUUGUGGUUUAUUUACUUCUUAUUUGUUACCUAAGUUUCCAAAACAAAAAAUUUAUAAUUGUAUUGUUCUCAGAAUAUCAUAUUCUUUUAUUAGACUAAAUGGAUUGGGCAAUGUUUAGUUUGUUUUGGGAUGAAAUUAUGCUAUUUGAGAUAUAAAAUACCUUGCUGUAAAUGUAGAAAUUUACAUAUGUUGUGACUUUGAAUUUUUGAGACAUGGAUGAUAAUUCCAUAAUGCCCAUAUAUUUUGCUGACAAAAACAACACAAUGUAAGUGUUAUGUGACGGAGAUAGUGGGAUUUCCUCUAAUGAUUUUGAAAAAGAACUUUCAUAAAUAAAUUUAUGUAUUUUUUUGGUAUCUGUCAAAUGCUGCUGUUUUAUGAGGUCGUUUUUAAUAAACGGAGAGGUUCGUAUUGAUGUUCAGAAGUAAUGAAGCUGUUGAUUGAAAUUUGAAAGCUGAUCUGGCCUACAUCUGGCCUUCAUUAUUAUCUGUAUUGGAAGCAAAUGAGGAAGUUUAGAAUGUUUUAACAAGAACUGAUGUUUACAGAGGAAAAACCUCAAGUUGUUAUUAAACUGUUGAUUGUAUACCAUUUGUAUACAUAUUUUAUUGCAAUUCUCUGCCCAAGUUACUAAUGAAGGGAAAAAAAAUUACUUUGCAACAAUAAUUUUCACUUAGAUGUUGUAAGUUAUCGUCCUCAUCCACAGUGUUAAAAAUACGAAGAAUAGUUGUGUUAUAUGUCAUUGUUUUCAGGGUAAACAUGUCGUACAGUUGUGUUUGUAGCCUGGUACCAAGUGAGUAGUUCUAAAUCAUCGAUUUGUACAUUCCCAUGUUGACUGUAGUGAAAGUAGAAGAGAAACGUCAAAGCUAGUGUAUGACUUGCAAGUGUUCAUAAUGCUUUUUGAUUUUAAAAUGGUGAUAAAUUCUUGAGAACGAAACCAAUAUUGCCCUGGAAACGAAAAUCCAGUCUGAGUUUGUUUUCUCUCUCAAAAUAUUACGGCAAAUCUUAUGGAUUGCAAAGAAUGUUGUUCUGUAAUAAUGCCAGCGUGCUGUAACCAAACUUGUUUGUGUAGAUUUGCUCGAUUAAUUUAUACCGUGAUUUAUUUUUGAUCAUGCUUAAGAGAGUUGUCAAAUAUUUUGAGGUAUUAGUAUCUUAGUAGAUACAAAUGGAUACUUCAAGGACUUUGCUAUAUGUUGAAAAAUGCACAAUAAAAAAUGAAAUCAG